CGCGAUUUAGCCUUCGUGCCUUCGCGGACUAGCUUUUCCAAAGACGUUCUUCCCAGCACGCUCCAUCUCGCUGCCCAUCUCUCUCUCUCUCUCUGCAAUCUCCUCUGAUUAGCUUUCCAGAUCUUCAUGAGUUCAAGAGUUACUGUGGGAUCUGUGGUUUCCUGUGAUUCGGGAAACAAGAACAGCCUCUACCUGUGGAUUUUGCUCAGCUUGCUGCCUAAAUUUCUCGGAACUGCUUUUGCAUACGUGAAUUUCCUUUUGAUUAAGGCCAUUGACAGGAGCCCCUCUGCACUUUAUAACCUUAAGAUAAUUGGAAAGACCGACGUGUAGCUGCUUUGGAAACAUCUCUGGCUGAUUAUUGGUUUGGCCUUCCACAGUUGGGAGUAUACAAGCGACAGUAUGGUUUCUCAGUCAUCUGGUUCGACCAACAGCCAGAGAUGCAUACCAUUCCCGAACAAGCUACUUUUUCCUAUGAAUUCUCAGGAUGCCGUUGUCACGGAUCACCUCGAAUUUGAUUUCUCUGAUGUGUUUGGUCCUGCACCAGUCCAACCCUGCUUGGAGGUGACUGUCGAUGGAAACUCUGUGUCUGGUGCAGAUGCGAAUGAACUCAUCUAUGACAAUCCAGUUGUCAUAUGUAGCAGGUCACAUUCUCUGGUUGGUCCUUCCUCUUGUGUCAAUCAAACAUUGAGGUUGAGUAUGCUCACUCUAAGUGAAAGUGAUGAGUCAUUGGAUUUUGUGGAGUGUUUUAAUGGAGAGACUGUCAAGGAAAAUCAAGAGUCCAUGAAUGAUGCUGGAGGCAAUAAGAAACUUGACACCGUUGAAGGAGAUCCCUUGGAAGUUGAGAGUGUAUGUCUUGAAGAUUUUGAGCCUUUAAAGGUUGUAGGCUGUGGUGCAUUUGCAAAAGUCUUGCAAGUGAGGAAAAAGGGCACUUCUGAUAUAUAUGCAAUGAAGGUAAUGAGAAAGGACAAAAUCAUGGAGAAGAAUCAUGCUGAGUACAUGAAAGCAGAGAGAGACAUUUUAACCAAAAUUGAUCACCCAUUCAUUGUCCAGCUUAGGUAUUCUUUCCAGACCAAAUACAGGCUCUAUCUCGUGCUGGACUUUAUAAAUGGGGGCCAUCUCUUUUUUCAGCUCUAUCAUCAGGGCCUUUUCAGAGAGGAUUUGGCACGUAUCUACACUGCUGAAAUUGUUUCUGCAGUGGCUCAUCUUCAUGCAAAUGGCAUAAUGCAUAGGGAUCUCAAACCAGAAAAUAUCCUCCUGGAUGCCGAAGGCCAUGUUGUCUUAACUGAUUUUGGCCUAGCAAAGCAAUUUGAAGAGAACGAAAGAUCUAAUUCUUUGUGUGGAACAGUAGAAUAUAUGGCACCAGAAAUUGUACUUGGAAAGGGGCAUGAUAAAGCAGCAGACUGGUGGAGUGUGGGUGUGCUGUUAUUUGAGAUGCUUACUGCAAAGCCUCCUUUUAUUGGUGGAAACCGGAAUAAGAUUCAAGAGAAGAUAGUCAAGGACAAAAUAAAGCUACCAAAUUUUCUUUCCAGUGAAGCUCAUUCUCUGUUGAAAGGACUGCUACAGAAAGAUCCCAGCAAGCGCCUAGGCAGUGGGCCUAAUGGGAGUGUGGACAUAAAGAACCACAAAUGGUUCAAGAUGAUCAACUGGAAGAAACUAGAGGCGCGGGAGAUCAAGCCCAGUUUUCUUCCAGAAGUUGCUGGAAAGCAUUGCAUCGCCAAUUUCGAAAAAAAAUGGACCGACAUGCCAAUCGCAGAUUCCCCUGCUGCCAGUCCCACUGCCGCAGGAAAUCCCUUCACAGGCUUUACUUAUGUGAGGCCACCGGCUUCUUUCCUUCAACAAAAUAAAUAGUUCUCAUGUGUGAAACUUGUUAAGUCUCUUGUUCUGUUUAAGCUUGUUUAUCGAAGGAUGCUGCUGGUGUUUAGAUUGUUUACUAUGUUCUUUCCUGCUGGCAAGUUGAUGAAGACAUGAUCUAUGAUCAGUUUAACCUCAAGGCAUGAGUGCGUGCCUUGUGGCUUGUUAUGACUUUUGGACACAUUGAGUUUGCUUCAAAGUAUGGUUGUUCAAUUUAUGCCUC